ACAUCCGGUAAAUAGCAUUGUGGGAUAGAAUUCCGUACGCUAGAUCUCUGAAAUUCACCAACAUUCAGAAGAAUAAUUUGUUUUUGACAUAUUUCAAUAACAGAUGGAAUAAGGAAAUCGUUCAACACCUUUUGAGCAAAGUUAUCACUUGAAAACAACCGACAAUAUGUCGUUAGACCCGAAAAUCGUGAAAAAGACCCAAGAUUCGUUGGGGAAAAUAAUCAAGAAACCACCGCUUACAGACAAACUGUUAGGAAAACCCCCAUUUAGAUUUCUGCAUGAUAUAAUGACAUCGGUUAUCAAAACAACAGGCUUCAUGAAAGGACUGUUCACAGAGGGGGAGAUGAACUCUGAGAAUGUUAAGGACAGAGAUAGUAAAGUUGCAUUUCUACAGAAGGCUGUAGAUAUGGUCGCUAUAGCAACUAAAAAGUCUUUGUCAGUAAAACCAGCUAAGAUAGUAGCAGGACAUGAACCAGAGAAGACAAAUGAAUUUCUGCAACUUUUGGCAUCAGCUAUAAAUGCAAAUGCUGAUAAUGGAGCAAUUGUUGACAAAGUUUUAAACAAAGCAGGAGAUACUGCGGAAGAACCAAAGAAAGAAAAACCGAGAGAAGAAAAAAAGAGAGAGAGCCGGGAAAAAGAUGAAAAAAGAAGCAAAGAUGACAGAAAAGAAAAAGAUGAAAGAAGAGAAAAGGAUGAGAGAAAAGAUAAAGACAGACGAGACAGAGAUAGAUCAAGAGACAAAGAUGAAAAGAGAGAGAAAAGUAGGGACAGAGAUAGGGAAGACAGACGCAGAGACCGCGAAGAUAGACACAAAGAUAAGGAUGACAAACAUAGAGACAGAGAGAAAAGACAUAGGGAUAAAGAUGAAGAAAAAGAAAGAAGACGGAAGGAAAAAGAAGAAGAAGCAGGAAAAGAGAACGAACCAGCUUUAAUGAACGGAGAAGCAGAGUCAGAACAGCCACAGAGAGUUGCCAGACCCACAUCAGCUAAAGGCUCUAGAAGAAGACACGGAGGACGACACCAUGCUUCAAGUGAUGAAGAUGAUGAACCAAAAAGACAAAUUCAGGCCUCAACAGAUCCUUCUGUGGGCGAAGCAGACCUCCCUCCUCAAGUAGUUGCUUCACGGAAAGCAGGACGACCAAGCAGUGCUAGACCUGCUCCUCCUAGGAGGAAAGAACAAACCAUGGUGGAAAAUGAACCAGCUAUGAGACUGGGCAGUGGACAACCUACCAAUGUUAUUGUGGACGAUGGUCAAAAUUCAGAUGAUGAAGAGGAUGAAACUUUUGUUGUUGAAGAAACUGCCCCACCACCACCCGAUAGUGAUCAGGAAGAGACGGCACCAGACGGGGCCUUAUCUCGACCGCUAGAAGAUGGAGACGAUGAAGACCAUGGUGGAUUAGUUAAAAAAAUAUUAGAGACAAAGAAAGAGCUAGAAGGUCCACAACAAACCAAGAAAACAGAAAUUGAAAGAAGUGGAAUGUCGGAUGCACAGCGCAGAAAACAACGUGAACAAGUUCAAAAGGAAGUGGAUAAAUUACGAGGCUCCAUACAAACUUUAACACGUAGUGCUAAUCCACUUGGUAAAAUUAUGGACUAUGUUCAAGAAGAUUUAGAUUCGAUGCAAAAAGAAUUAGAAAGAUGGAAGACGGAAAACAAAGAACAUCAGAUGGAUUUGAAAAGGGAAAAAGGAGUGACAGACAAGGCUGUAGAACCACUUAAAGCACAAUUAUCUGAAGUUGACCAAGCUAUUAAAGAUCAACUUGAUCUGAUCGCAGCCACCAAGUCGAAUAUUGCUAGAAAUGACCAAAAAAUAGAAAAACUUUUACAGAGUGUUACACGAUCCUGAAAAUUAGGCUGUUUUUAUUGAUUGUUUAGAAAAUUAAGAAUAUAAUUUGAGCAAAAAAAAAACUGAUAUUAGUUGCCAGUCAAAUGUUCUUAGCAAAUAAAUUACUUAAUUCAUUAUUAUUAGUGAGAGACCAAUUUUCAUGGACUUUGUAGUACAGUGAACCUAGAAUUUAAAUGUCAACAAAGUACAAACUUUCCAUAGGCUUGUACUCAGGCUUUUGCAGAUCCACAAAAAAUACAAUUUUUGCUCAAUCCAUGAAAAAUGGUACCCACAAAAAAAAUAAAUGAAUUCAAAGUGCUUCAAAAGUUAAUGAUAUUGCAAAGGUCUCCAAUUAUUUCGUAGUUACAAAAAUUUCUAUAAUUUUUGUUUUGCUUUUCAAAAGAACUUAUAAAAUUUAUAUUUAAUAUCAGUAUAAAAGGAUGGCGCAUGUGAAUUUCAUGUACGCAGUGUAUUCUUGAAAAUAUUUAUAAUCUGUUGUACUGUGACUUCUUAUAUCGUCAUUGUCUUAUUUGAUUUGUGCCAAGAAUACCAGCGGUUAAAAAUCAGGUUCAAAACAUCUUAAUUUAAACAAAAAAAUAUAAAGCUACAUGUACAGUAUGCAUUUAUACGUAAAUGUAGCAGAGUCGACUGGCAGAAAUACAUGGGUAUUUAUGUUAAUGUCAUGCAUUUUAUUAGGCUGUAGAUAAUAGUCUAGUAAUAUUUUUUAUAAAGAUCUGAUUCUUAUACAGUUGGAUGAAUGUAUGAUGGUAUAUGUGGUACGAAAGUAUGAAAGUUUAUAUGUGACGGAAAAGUAAUACUUUUUAUACCAAAAUUGUUAUCUCCCUUUUCACUGAGUAAUGAUUUCAAUAUUUAUCUGUUUUAUUUUAAACAUGCAUAAUUCAAACUUAAAAGAAGGAAAAUAAGUCAUAAAGUUGAAACCAAUUUUUUUGUAUGUCCAUUUCAUGUAUGCAGAAUUACUCACGGAAAUGUUGUUGGUUGUUUGGAUUGAGGGAUUGGAAAAGUCUGAAAAGCACAGAUUUUAUUUUGUACUUAUUCCCAAUAUUUUAUUAUAAAGUAAAAUUUGGAACUAGUUGAUAGUUGGCUUUUGAGUCAUAUGCUGUUAUUUUUCUACAUUACUGGUUUACCGUAGUGUAAAUACACAUUUCAUAACAAGCUUCUAUAAGAAAAAUAGAUGCAUACAGAUGUGCAAAGUGGGAAGGGGAGAAAAUCAAUGAGACUAAAAUGAUCGGAUAAAUGAUUGCAUGUCUGUUUGGUUCUUUGUUGUAGAUUUGAAGAAAAACUUUAGUAUUGUGGUCUUUGCAUUUUUGUUUUAAAAGUUUGUUUUUGAUAGUUUUUGUAAUAUUUGCCAAUGGAUGUUUAGGAAACAACAUUUAAUUAUAUUUGGCAAGAUUAAUAACAUAUCAUUCUUUAUGGCUCUCUUUAGCUUUUCUUCACUUAAAAUUGUCUCAUAGUUUCUUUAAAAAAGGAGUUAAAAUUUGAAGUAUGUCUUGAUGGUACAGGUUCUGUUUUUCAGUGUUAUUAAAAAAACUGACUGCCACAAAAUAUCCAAUGGGGCUGAAAGUAGCAUUAAAUAUCACUCAAUCAAUUUUCAGUGUAAUAACUUAUUGAAAAUAAAAGAGAGAACCUUCCAGCAUUUAUUGGAAUUUAAAAAAAAAAUUACAAGAAGCUUGAGGAUUAUUUAUAUGAUUUAUUUAUAUGACAUUGUAUAAGAAAACUUUGUGUUGACAGUUGUUAAUUAAAUUUGCUGUUACUGUUAUAGAUUUACAUAUCAGGAUGACGGUAUAAAGUCAUAAGUGUAAUUUAUCGUAAAACUGAAAGAAACAUCUUAUUUUUAGUUAUAUUUAUUGUUUUUAUAUUUUGUUUCAUAAGCUUCAAGAAUUCAGAAACCAUCAUUUUCAUCGCAGCAAAAACGUGUUCAUGGAAGUUUUGAAGCUAUUUUUCGUUGUUUUGGUGUUUACUUUAAAUGUAGUACUGCUAUCUGUGUAUUAAAGUUUUUUUAAUGUACCAAGCAAGUUAUUUUGAUGAACAUUCCAUUUUAUUUGCAUGUAAAACAAAAAAAUUCAGCUGACACGUAGAAGUAAUAUUUUAAAACAUUCCAUAUGCAUAAGAUACCUGGCGUUACUUGACUGCAGAAAAUAUUCAAAGAUUAUUUUUGAAAUAAUAUUUUCUUUGUCGUUAGAUAUCUUUAGUUUUGAGUUUUUGGUAUUUGUAUGCUUAUGAGUAUAGUAUGUAUUAAGUUAUUUAUGAAAAGAUUUAUUUAAAUACUUGAGAAAAUUAUAUUUAAAUGGCAGUGAAUAGUAAGUACUGGUACAUGUCUUUUUGCUAUAAUCGAUAUUUUUCUCCAGUAAAAUGAUUCUGAAUACUGUAAACCAACUUAUUUUUCGUGCAUACUUUUUUUAGCGGAAAGUCCUUUUUAACCAACUUCGCAGCAAUAAUUUAUUUUGCGAUCUUCUCAUUUUCUUGAUAUACUUAUAUAAGGAAAGAUCCAAGUUUCACAUAUUCGCGACAAUUUAAUUUCGUUAAUUUUUUGACUUGUGAAAGUUGCAAAUAUCAUUUGGUUGACAGUAUAUGAAAUUAUAUUUUAAAACAAUCAUACCAGUAUUUUUCAGUCUUAACAGACAGUUAUAAUAUUUAAAUUUAUAAAAAAAAAUCAUUAUCUUUCCAGAUAUUCUGUCAGAUUGUUUUCCAUUAACAGAUUUCACAUUCAUGCUUCCAUUAUUUACUUACAAAUUUAGUACAAAUAAAAAGUACUGUUACCCAAUGAAAGCAGUCUUGUGGUAUUGUUGAUAUUGUGAGGUUGUGUUGUGAUAGGUAGAAAAGAGAGAUCUGAUGUGCUCAUUUAUGUCACAUACAUGUCUUUUGAAACCAUCAAGUUUCUGAAUUUAUAAUGAUUCAUUUUCAUUUUAGUAAUUUAGCAACAACAGCUUUAAAAAUCUGGAUUAUUCUCCACUUUUCUCCAUUAGAAAAUUAUGGAAAAUAUUUAAAAAGUAAAGAAAAGGGGAAAAAAAAUACUAACAAAACCAAAACAAAAAAAUAUUCUGACUAUACUGUAUUUUUUUCUUUCAUUUCUUUUAAUAGGGGGUAAUUUUCUUAUCUGCAUGCCACUCAGGCUCAGAAAAUGAAUUGUUUAUAACAAUUUCAAUGCCUUGUAUUUUAAACCAGUUCCUCGCAUUAACUUGUAAGCAUCUAAUUUCAACAAACUGCAAAUGUUCACAUUUUAACUCCUUUGACAAGACAUUGAAUCUUACUGGUACAUGUAUCUGUUUUAAAAAAAAUAGUGAUAUAACAUGUAUAAUUAUAAAAAAAAAAUGUAUUGGUGCAACUGUGCUGUAAUAGACUUGUUUCAUCAAAAAUAUUACUCUGAAUUAGUUGUUAAAGGACUCAUUAUAUGAUUAUUUUUGAAACAUAUUAUAUUUUCAGAAACUUGAUGUUUGGAAAUGUUGUUAAGUCUCAGGAUUUGUAAAUCCGUCCACUUCAGUAUGAAAUUUGUAUAUUUUUUUUCAAUAAACUAUUGUUGAAAUCUG